UGGGACCCCAUGAAAAAGAACAAAAGUAUAAAAAUCCCGCAGGAUAUCCCCUUCUGGUUCCGGCCUCCGGUUCCUCGCUGAUUAAGUAACUUUUCGACAGGACACAACUCUGCGGUCUCUGACAUGAGUGACAGAUCGGUGGUAAAGAAUGGAUUUUUUAAUUAUUUGCGCAACUUCUGUCAACGCAAUAGUGCCCUGAGCUGGCCGGAAAUCGCAAGGGAGGGGCCCCGGUCCUGGAAACACCUGAGCGAGGAGAAAAAGAGUCGCUACCAAAUCAUGUCCAGCACUGACACGAACAUCGUUGCCUUGCAAAUGAACAAUAAAAUGUGCAACCAUCCAAUGGGCAGAAUGGGCGGCGGCAUGAUAAAUAAAAUUCGGCCCAAUAAAAUUCAAAAGCUCAUUUUCUCCUUGGAUGAAGACGACUUUGUGAUGGAAACGACACGGCCAAUCUGACAAUUACACGUCCUCGUGUACUGUAAUCUUAAUAUUUCAAAUGACUUAUAAAUCCCAGAUUAUAGCUUGUGUUUUCUUUAACUC